AGUGAACACAGUCGUCGAUCAGUCUUCCAAAUGCUCUUGCCUCGCAAAGAUCGCGCUUAGAUCACUUGGCAACGAUUCGUGCAGUCUAACCGCGUGCAGGAGUGAUUAUGCGUUGCACAAAGAAUCACUUCAUCGACAACAACGAUGGCGUGGAAGGUUCCUAUAGGCUUUCUAUGAUAUCUGGAAGCGAGAAACCGCUGGAGAAUGGGUCAACGACAGUGACAGUCGAAGCGGGAGAAACUGAGAGAGCUCAAUGGGAUAACAAAAUCGAAUUUUUAAUGUCCUGUGUGGCAUUUUCGGUUGGUCUGGGAAAUGUUUGGAGGUUUCCUUACACUGCCUAUCAAAAUGGUGGUGGUGCAUUCCUCGUGCCAUAUAUCAUAGUUCUAUUUAUUAUCGGGAAACCAAUCUAUUACCUGGAGAUGACGUUAGGGCAAUUUAGCAGCAGGUCUUGUGUACAAGUUUGGUCCAUUUCACCUGCUUUCAGAGGCAUCGGUUAUGGUGUGACGAUUUCCGUUUUCUUAGUAGUCACGUAUUAUUGUUCUCUGAUGGCACUGGCGAUAUAUUAUUUACUGGCUAGUUUUCAAUCAGUUCUUCCUUGGUCCUUUUGCUGGGAAGAAUGGAAAGAUAUCUGCUUCGACAGCGCUCCAACUGACAGGGAAAUAGUGACAAAUAUUAGCAGCAAAAGCAGCUCUGCUGAUUUAUACUUUCGGAAAGUGGUUCUUAACGAAGUUGGAAUACUAGAAGGACUGGGAUAUCCAUCUUGGAAGUUGGUUCUAUCUCUGUUCGCCAGUUGGAUGUUCGUUUUCAUAGUGCUGAGCAACGGUGUGAAGAGUAGCGGAAAAGCAGCGUAUUUCCUCGCCUUAUUUCCAUACGUGAUCAUGAUAAGUCUUUUAAUAAGAGCAGUUACCUUGGAAGGAGCUGUAGAUGGAAUAAUAUUCCUCUUCAAACCAACCUGGGAAAAGAUCUUCGAUCCAUCGGUAUGGUACGCAGCCGUGACCCAAUCCUUUUUCUCUCUUGGAGUUUGUUUCGGGGCUGUUAUUAUGUAUUCCUCCUACAAUCGCUUCGACCAUAACGUAUUGAGAGAUUGUACAGUGGUUACGAUCAUGGACUUUGGCACGAGCCUGAUCGCAGGAUGUACUAUUUUCGGGAUUCUAGGCAAUCUCGCCCACGAAUCUGGCAAAAAAGACAUAAGCACCGUGGUUCGUGCCGGAACAGGCUUAGCUUUCAUCUCUUAUCCGGAAGCUCUGGCGAAAUUUACCGUGGUCCCACAAUUAUUUGCCGUGCUUUUCUUCUUGAUGCUAUUUAUCUUGGGAAUUGGUACUACCGUGGCAUUCACUGCAGUCAUCAACAGCGUUAUCAAGGACAGAUAUCCAAAUAUCAAAAACUGGAAGAUCGCUGCUGGGGUUUCAUCCGCCGGUUUCCUCGUUGGAAUCGUUUAUUGCACGAGAGGUGGUCAAUACGUUUUGAACUUGGUAGACUACUUCGGAGGCACGUUCAUCAUAGUGUUUCUCGCUUGUUUCGAGCUUAUCGCUAUUUCUUGGGUCUACGGCGUCGACAAUUUUCUAGACGAUAUAGAAUUUAUGGUGGGAAGCAGACCUUCGUUUUACUGGAGAUUCUGCUGGUAUUACCUAACUCCAUUGACGCUUCUUUCGAUUCUUAUUUAUUUCCUUUCUGAAUUGACGCCGAUCAUGUACAACGGCGAAUAUUAUCCGACUUCUGCCUAUGUCGCUGGAUGGUUAAUUUUGGGACUAGGAGUGAUUCAACUUCCUAUCUGGAUGUUCGUUAGUAAGAUCAAGAACGAAGGGAAAUCUUAUUUGGAUAUAUUUAAACCGAGCGCCGAUUGGGGACCUAAGGAUCCUGUAAAAUUCAAGGAAUGGAAGGAAUUCAAGGACUCAAAGAGGAUAGCGAGGAUGAAUUUGGAGAAGAAAAGGUGGAGAAUCGUAGCUUUGUUGGUCGGAGAGGAUUAAUAGUCAGCACACGAUUUCUCCGUAUCUUCUUUGUUAACGAUCGUAUCGAUGAAAAUAACGAGAUCUCGUUGGUUCAACGAACACAUUAUGUAUUAUAAAUAUUAAGUUCUUAUACAAAUAAAUACUAAAUUUUUA